UAAUAACACGUGCGAAUGAAAGAUCCUUAAGAUUAUUUUUUUGAGGAACAUUUUGUAGUAAAAUGACGGACGGAGGGAGUAUGGAAGGUUCUGCUGAGGAGGAGAUGAAACUUUAUGAUGAUGAUGAAGGAGGCGGUGAGGACAGUGAUUAUGCUAUCGACAUUGAAGAUGAUGAGGAAUUGGAAGAAUCCAUGUCAUCAGUGAAUGGAAAAAAGAAAAAAUCCAAAUCAAAGAGCGAGGAAACAGGAGAAAAGACAAAGGUGUUUCUUCCUGGGGAUAAGAUGGAAGAUGGAGAUGAAUUGACUUAUGACAGUUCUGCCUAUGAAAUGUAUCAUGCUGCUCAAACAAAUGCCCCUUGUCUAAGUUUUGACGUAGUACCAGAUAGCCUUGGAGACUCCAGAACAGAGUUUCCAAUGACAGCAUACAUUGUGGCUGGAAGCCAGGCACCACCAGGAAAACAAAAUCAAGUUAUAGUCAUGAAGAUGUCACAGUUGGACAAAACGUCCCCAAGUGAUGAUGAAAGUGAUUCAGACGAUGAGCUUUUGGAGGAGGAACCAGAUUUAGACACAGCAAUGUUUAACCAUACUGGUGGAGUUAAUAGAAUAAGACAUUCAUCAAUUCCUAAACGACACAUUGCAGCGACUUGGUCUGAGAGGGGCAAGGUUCAUAUUUGGGAUAUAUCACACCAAGUUAUUUCAGUUGAUAAUCCGUCGACAUCUGCCGAGGCAUCUCACACAAAAGAUAUCAAGGCUUUGUUUACAUUUGAUGGUCAUCAGGUCGAAGGAUUCGCUAUGGACUGGUCCAAAACAGUACCUGGAAGAUUAGCAACAGGAGACUGUAAGAAGAAUAUCCAUCUUUGGUCACCUAGGGAGGGCGGUACAUGGCAUGUUGACCAGAGACCUUACAGUGCACAUACAGACUCUGUUGAGGACAUACAGUGGAGUCCCAAUGAACAAAAUGUGUUUGCCUCAUGCUCAGUGGACAAAACGAUACGAAUAUGGGACGCAAGAGCGAAACCCACCAAAGCCUGUAUGCUGACCACACAGGCGCAUGACGCUGAUGUGAAUGUAAUUUCUUGGAACAGAAACGAACCAUUUAUCGCUUCGGGAGGUGAUGACGGGGUUUUAAAAGUUUGGGAUCUCCGACAGUUUCAGAGCGGUGUAUCGGUAGCCAUGUUCAAGCAUCACACAGGUGCUAUCACCUCAGUGGAAUGGCAUCCUACAGACAGUUCAGUGUUUGUAGCCUCUGGCUCUGAUGAUCAGAUCACGUUGUGGGACUUAGCUGUGGAAAGAGACAGCGAGGGUGAGGGAAAAGGAAGGCAUUUAGAUGUUCCGCCGCAAUUACUGUUCAUUCAUAUGGGCCAAAAGGAUAUUAAAGAGGUUCAUUGGCAUCCUCAGCUUCCAGGUGUGUUAAUAAGCACGGCUGAGAGUGGCUUCAAUAUCUUCAAGACCAUAAGUGUCUAGCAUAGCCUCGAUCUCGCGUCCUUAGCUGUACUUCUGUGAACGAAAGGUGCCUGUCUUAGUUUGUGAGGAUUGCUGGAAACUUACUUCGUGGUCACAUGAGGUAUUUCGGCUGGACUUUGUCCAGGCUGAAAACAGGAGCUUCCUUCAGUAUCAGUGGUAAAACUACUCCCGUCAAUCGAACUAGCAUUUGUAGGGGUUUCAAUAACUUUUUUCAUUUGCGGCGGCCGAUAGUUUAUGGCGAUUGUGGCCGAAAAAAAAAAACAACAACAACUACGAGCCAGCUCGCAGGUUCAGCAGACGGUGGUAGUCUUCCAGGCGGCGGUAGACCGCUGCCGACCGGAUUUAUUGAAACCCCUGCAUCUGUGUGGAAGAUGUCCUUGCCUAUUUCAUCAGAAUUUUGAACAUCAAAUUCAUAAGCUGUAAGCUUCGACCUCUUUUUAGACAGGCUGUCGAAAUCUGAAAGAAAUUUUAAAGGGACCUUCAGAUGUUUCUUUGUUCACAUGAUCACAGAAACCUUCCACUGGAGACUAACGCGUCUCCAGAUGGGCAUCCAUUUUUUUAAUCAUCUUUUUAAGCAUAAUUGAAACUUCUUGUAGGUUUCUGGUGGUCAAGGUUUCUCGAUGUAAAACAUAGAUAAGCCAGUCAGAGAGUUCAAUCGUGCCGUGAAUUGCAUUUGACUCUUAACCAACUUUGAGUGCCAUUUUGAUGGACAAACUCUGCAAUUACCGUGCACGGGCCCUCGCCAACAGUUUAGAGAUGUCUAUAAAGUUUUUUUCUCAUUAUAAUUUCUGUUCGUGUCUUAUUAUUAAUACAAAACUGCUGUACAGAACUACUCGAAUUAAAAGUAUUGAAAUUGACCUA